CAGUGAAUUGACGGGCGACGGCUCUCGUCAGUUUGAAUUUAUACCUUGCGCAGUUAGAACGUCUAAAUGUGAAUAAGCACUGGUGUAUUUUUGUAAUUGAAUUAAAAAUAUAAAUAUUCUGUAUUAUCUUUCAAAAAGACUUCUUGAAAACCAUGGCUAAGGUAAUAUUUGAAGUUCCAAUAAAUCCUAACAGCGGGAAGGCUUUCAGUUUGGAAAAACGAUAAUUUGCAUCGCGAACAUCAGACCACCCUGUGACAUUGCGUCACAGUUCUUGAAAAUAUUAGACGGCUGUCAAUGUCAAAAAUCAAUACAUUCACGCACACAUAGAACGACGUAGCAGCGCGAAAUUUACUGAUCGGCGAUCGCUGAAAAACUAAGUACCGUGUAAUAAUUAAUUUUUGUUAUUCAAGAAAACAGUUUUACUUUAAAAUGAUUGGCAUAGGGAAAAUAUUAAGAAAUUGCUAUCAGUUAAAAACACAAAUGUUUGUGAGGCGUUAUGUUCGCGAGUGCGAGAAACUGCAGAUGUGCGGGAGCGAGGAAGAGAUGCGUGAAGUGGCUGGAAGGAUCUGUCGAAACUACCUCCACGGCGCCUGGAAAACUGUAGACCCAAGAGACCUAGACUUUAAAAGGAUUAGCGGAGGUCUGUCCAACUUCUUGUACUACGUCGCUCUCCCGGAUUCGCGGGCCACGUACCGCGAUGCGCCGCAGGACCGCAUCAAGACGCUUAGCGAACACUCUUUCUUGCUAGACGAGCCCAAAAAGGUGUUGCUGCGUAUUUACGGCCAAGUGCACGGCGAGCGGGCCAUGGAUGCGAUCGUAACCGAAUCUGUGAUAUUCACUUUGCUGUCCGAGCGGCGUCUCGGACCCAAACUGCACGGGGUGUUCUCAGGGGGACGCAUCGAGGCAUACAUUCCGGCGCGAUCUCUCCUCACUAAAGAGCUAUCGGAGCCAGCCCUGUCCAUGAAGAUAGCGGAGAAGAUGGCGGCCAUACACUCCAUGGAGGUACCGCUGUCUAAGGAACCCAACUGGCUGUGGAAGACCAUGUCUAAGUGGCUGCGGACCGCAAGAGAAGAACGGUUCACGGUGCACGAUCUGAAAGGCGAGGAACGCAAAAUUAUGGAGCGUCUCCGCUCAGUCGACUGGGACGCGGAAAUCGAGUGGGUUCGGAAGCUGACCAACACCGUCAACUCUCCCGUCGUCUUCUGCCACAACGACAUGCAAGAGGGAAACGUGCUCCUGGUCGAAGAAGAGACGAGCGCGGAAGAAGAGGAAGGAGCGCUAGUGCAGACCUAUCCCCUGGAAGAUUCGAGCGACUCGGUGUCUUCGAGCCUGUCGGACAUCGGCGAGCCGCGGCUGAUGCUCAUCGACUUCGAGUACUGCGCCUACAACCAUCGCGCCUUCGACAUCGCCAACCACUUUCAGGAGUGGAGCUACGACUACAGCAACUCCCAGCAUCCCUUCUACUUCGAGUUUCUGGACCAGGAACCCACGCUCGAGCAGAAGGAGAUCUUCAUAAAGGAGUACCUGAAGGCCUACCGCAGCGGCUGGGCGAGGGCCAGCGGGGGCCCGGAGGCGGAGGCGCCGACCGUGGACGACGUCAACCAGCUGCUGGGCGAGGUGGACGCCUUUCAGCCCGUGAGCGACCUCUUCUGGAGUCUCUGGUCGAUCGUCAACGCCUCCAAAAGCCAGAUACCGUUCGGGUACUGGGAGUUCGCGCUUUCCCGUCUGGAGACCUACCUGCGGCUGAAGCGGGAGCUGAUCAAAAAGGAGAAGUGCGGUCUCCCUCACAAGAGGAAAAUCUGCGAGGUGGACAUAUGAGCCGGCGCCGGACACACGUGACACGCGGUCGCGUCCACCUGAAGGUUCUCAGCGAGACGUUCUUUUAAUCAUAUUAUUAGUUAGCGAGAGACGCCCCUCCGCCGGCAGAUUCCUAUUUAGUCAUACGAAAGGUCGAUCCCGAAUAGAAAAUGCACAAAUAAAUACAUAGACUAUUUCCGGAUUAGAAACUUACAUUCGAUAAAACUGUCGAACGUCACAUUUGCUAUUAAAUAUAUUUAUCGUGAAUAUUUAUUUUCCGAAAAUUUAAAAAUUAAUUAACAUACUUAAAAAUGACCGAAAACGAAUUGACCGAGAGCUCACCUUCACCCCUAUACAUGUAAAUAGUGUAGAUGUUGUAUUGUCGUGUACAUUUUGUAUUAAAAAUUAUUCGUAAAAGACGAACCAAUCGUAUUACCCUGUCUCGACUAAAGCGAGCCUUUCUCCGCAAUUGCGUUCGUGCCUACGAAAAGAGCCAGGCGGUGGGAACCGGUAAGAAACAAUUGUAAAAAGACUGAAUGAGACGGUUACUUCCUUUUCUCUGGUUCGUUUGCUCGACGACCUACAAAGGAAUUGAAUAAAUGUAAAUCGUUCGUCGAACAAAUAAACUAAAGUAAGUUUUGUUAAGUUGUAAAUAAAUUAUUCCUAAACGUGUGACGUCAGUAUGAGACGUUUUAGGCUUUAGCCUGGCUUCGUCCCUCGCUCGAAAUUGGGUAAAUCGAUUUAUUUAUUAAACGUUUUCAAAUCGGAGAACACUAGUAGAGAGAUUUUACAAUUAUUAAACGAAAUAUUGUAUUCUUCGCUUGAAAUUAAUAAAGUUUUGACACGUUGUCGAUAUAAAAAUAUAUACAUAAAGGAAGGAGGCUAAAGGGAUUUGACUGAUGUGCGAACGGACCUCAGUCCGCGCAGUUUGGGUCCAAAGCGCCAACUCGAAUAUGAGACGCACCGAUGGCUAUUACUUAACACUUAAUCGAUGUGAGAUGGGCGCCUAUAGGGCUUCGCCGCAUUUGUUAAUUUCAAUAUUUUAUGAAACAGUCGAGCUGAAUCAUUAUAGUCGUAUCAAUUGUUUAUCCGACAUUCCUGUAAAUAAAUUAUACUGAGUCGUUAACGCUGUUAUAAUAUAUAAGGUAAGUAUUAUCCAGUAUAAAAGCUAAUAUUCCGCUUAAGCGUAUUUGCCCUUUCUCCGUUUACUGGUGUAUAUACAAGUGACGGAUGUCCACGAAGAGAACGUUAGUCGUUCGAUGCGAAUAGGUAAUAUAUUAUAGGUUGUAAUACUCCACGGAUCUUGAAUGUUUUACUUUACCGCUUUAAAAUAUUAAACCUCUCGACCUGCAUAGUGCAUACCCAAGUGCACACACUUACAACUAGAUCAUAUUUUGAGUACUUAUAUAAUACAAUUAUUUAUAUUGUUUUAUUUAUUAAUUUAAAUGUGUAAUACGGAUGAUAAUUGUGAUGUUCUAAAUAAACUUUAUUUUUUAGCGACGUCAUUCAUUGGUACUUAAUCACGACUUUCAAUGGUGAUGUAAAAUUAUCUCUAUCGUAAAUUUCGAAAUAUACACUGGGUACCUAUAGUAAAUAGGCCACUCGCCGAACAGAACUUUAUUUGUCCUCGUUUACCGAUGUCUUGUAUGUUUAUAAUACGACGACGACGCACAGUCCACAAAGCUAACAUUAAAACAAUAUAUUAACAAAAUUAGCUUUUUGUCAUUUUAAGAUUUUCUGUGAUUUCGAUUUUAUUUAAUUAUAUUAAUCUGAUAUUAUGUUUUGAUGAAUUGUGAAGGUACAAAGUGAGAAUAUAGACAUAAUAAUACUAUUGUGAUGUAUGAAGGACAUUUUGUAUUUAGUGCUGGAUUUUAAUAAAUUGUUUUAAAUAUU